CGAAGAUACCUCGCUGGGUCACGUGGUGUGUCCGCCAUUUCUCCGUCUUCACCACCGGGUAUUGUUGCGAUCGCCCAAGUGUCGAUUUUCAGGACAAAUGUCUUCUUCCGCGCUACUACGAGGGCCACCAGGCCAAGCGCCAACGCACCGACGACGGCCACAACGGACGGGAGAGCUACGAAGACCCGUUGAAGCCAUCCCCCUCCCCCGUGGUGCACGUUCGUGGCCUGGCGGAGCAUGCCGUAGAGACCGACCUUGUCGAGGCUCUUCAGCACUUUGGGCCCAUCGGGUACGUGGUGAUCAUGCCCAAGAAGAGGCAGGCCCUGGUAGAGUUUGAGGACCUGGAGAGUGCUCGCAGCUGCGUCACGUUCACCGUGGGCAACCCCAUCUAUGUGAGCGGCCAGCCGGCCUACUUCAACUACUCCACGAGCCAGAAGAUUUCCCGCCCAGGCGGUGGCGAAGAUAGAGCAUCCUCUGCCAACCACAUCUUGCUAUUCACCAUCAUUAACCCGGCUUACCCCAUCACCACUGAUGUGUUGUACACCAUUUGCAAUCCGUGUGGCCCUGUGCAACGUAUAGUCAUCUUCCGCAAGAAUGGGCUGCAGGCCAUGGUUGAGUUUGACUCGGUGCAGAGUGCACAGAGGGCAAAGGCCUCUCUUAAUGGUGCUGACAUCUACUCAGGCUGCUGUACUUUGAAGAUCGAAUAUGCAAAGCCGACACGCCUUAAUGUGUUCAAGAAUGACAGCGAGACCUGGGACUACACCAAUGCAAACCUGGGAAGGCAAGAUGACAAACGGCAGAGAACGCCAGCGCUCCUCGGAGACCAUCCCAACAACGCUUACGGAGAUUAUGCAGAAUACAAUCAAGGAUACCAAACUGAGGAAUACCCUCCUGGGACUGGAUAUGACUACUCAGGGCAGCAUCAGGGUGGUGGUGGUGUUGGUGGCGGCGGAGGUGGUGGUGGUGCCUACCAGGGCUACCAGGGCUACGGCCAGGAGGAAAUGGGGGCCCCGGCACGGAUGGGCGCCAACCGCAUGGGCCGUGUAGGCCCUCCCCCCAUGCACCACCAGCAGUCGGCUCAGGCCACCAGCAAGGUGCUCAUGGUGUACGGGUUUGACCCGGAACGCAUCAACUGCGACAAAGUCUUCAACAUCCUCUGCCUCUACGGCAACGUGGAGAAGAUUAAGUUCAUGAAGAGCAAGCCCGGCGCGGUGAUGGUGGAGAUGAGUGACCCAUUUGCUGUGGACAGAGCCAUUCACCACCUUAACCAGGCCUCCAUCUUCCAGAAGAAGAUAAACCUUUGCGUGUCCAAGCAGCAGGCCAUCAUGCCCAGCCAGUCGUACGACCUGUCUGACGGCACGUGCAGCUUCAAGGACUACACGGCGUCACGCAACAACCGCUUCAGCAACCCCGAGAAGGCGGCCAAGAACCGCAUCCAGCUGCCGUCCAACAUCCUGCACUUCUUCAACGCCGCGCCCGACGUCAGCGAGGAGCGUUUCAACGAGAUGUGUGAUGAAUUUGAAGUGAAGAGGCCCAUGUCUUUUAAGAUGUUUGCUGGAAAGAGUGAUAAGAGUGCAUCUGGCCUGCUUGAGUGGGAUGAUAAGAAUGAUGCAAUGGAGGCCCUGGCUCUCAUCAACCACUAUCAGAUGAAGAACCCCACUGGACAGUUCCCGUACACACUGAAGCUGUGUUUUUCUACAUCGCAGCACAACGCUGACCACGCCAAGGAGCGUUAAAGGAGCCCGCAGCCCACCGUUAAUCAUUGCUUUCUGUUUAUGGUGACUGUUGAACAGUGAUUUAAAAUGUGCUUUGUGUUUAAGCUGAUAUGCAGACAUUGAAACACUUUUUUUAUUGAUGUAAUGUUUUGUCAGAUUGCUGAACUAGACAAGAAAAUAAAAUGCAUAAUUAGGUUUUAGUUAUAUUGUCAGCUUCAUUUCUUUAACCUUUUAGUGUUUCGUUAUGCCGAAUCAUUGCAUCCAUCAACAACCAGGACUUUGACCAACCAGGACUCCCCUCUGACUUGCACAGCUUCCUCCAUCAAUACUCGUCUCUGCUCCUCUUCUGUCCCCACCAUAUCCUUCCCUUCUCUCUCCCUCCUGUGUCCUCUGCCAUCAGCCUUGGUGUCACCUUUUACUCUUCCCUCGCUUUUACACCCCACACUUCCGCCGCUACUAGCUUCUGCCGCUUUCACCAAUUCGACGUCCGUAAACGCCGCCAAACUCUCCUGGCUCGUUCGAUUAGUACGGUUGGCUCCGAUAUAAGCACGGUUGGCUACGUACGGUGCGAAAUAAGUUCUAUAUACGUCCUCUGAUCUUUACCCAUCUGGAAUCCUGCAAUUUUCUUCAUGGUGCCUCCCUGCCUCUACCCUCGCUUCCCUCCCAACAAAUAAAAAAAACAUGCUUCUCCACAAAUUAUUUUCAAUCUCCCCCUAUAAUUCUCUGCCUUUCCACUGGUUUCCAUUCACCUUUCUCAAAUACUUGACAGCCAACCUUUAGAGCUCUUAAAAUCCUCUCCCCACCUAAUCUUGGCUCAUCUUCCUUGCACCCACCCCUCUACUAGUUUACCGUCUCCUUGUAUCCAAUCAUGUUUUUGGUCAUCUUUCCACCCUUCCUACAAUCAACUUUAUAAGUAACGAGUCCCCCCCUCGGCCUCCUGUUCCCCUCUUUAAGACGUCGUACUCUUCUCUAUGGCCAGUUCUAUUCCCUUCCCUCACCCCCUCCACUCAUUCCCAUCCCCUCCCCUUCCUAUUCGUGAUCCCGAAGCACCUUUAUAGCUCGCUCAAUCCUUGCACGCCCCCCCCCCCGCCAUCCAAAUCAUUCUGCCACCUGGUUUUUUCUCGAGCGUGUUGAGUGAUGGCGAUCUAUAAAUUAUGUUAAACGAACUUUUUGAUGUUUAUGGAAAGAUCACUCAAAUGCUGACAUGUUUCAUACUUUUUAAGUAUAUGUAUAAAUUACAAAGCAUCCGUUGCCUCGUUCUUUCUGUUCUUUGUCUAAAUGCCACACUGGGAUUCAUGUAGCUCACUGUAAAUGCAUUACUGUCGGUUUAGAAUUGGCUUUUGGCAAGAGGUGGAAACGUAUAGUACAAGCAUAAUCACGUGACCCUGCAGUGUUAGAAUUAACCAAGACUGUUAUCAUAUGUCCUGGUGACCAAUGGGCCCAUCGGUUUACUUUGGAAAAGUUCAACAUUGAAAAACGACCUUAAAAUAUUUACAGUGUGAACAUGUACCCGGCUAUAACUACCAAACACCACCAUCGUGAAGAGAAACGUGCAAGAACUGAAGAAUAUCAGGAGUGUGACUGCAUUUGCUUGCUUCGGUCUUUUAGGCGUCCUAUCAAUGUGGUUACGGUUCCUGACUUGCGACCAAAAUGUCGAAAGUUGAAGUGUCUGAUGUGAAAGUCUGCAAUUUUUUUGUGGAUUCGUUAACUUUAGGUCCGAAAGCAGUGUACAGGUUAACGGUGAGAUAUAUUUGCUGUUGCUUUACAAAUUGAAUUUCCUCCACUUUGUCAAAGCUGCAAAUUGCGAGUGCUGUUCCACACUUGUUUUGAGGAAGGCGUUCAGAAACGGGGUUUUACUUUUCGGUCAGUUGUGCAUUUCACUUUUUUUUAUUUCCGUGCAUCUGAAUGUAGGGCACAGGAGGAAAACCUAAAUCGUGCAUUGUGUCGCCUUGAUUCACUAAGCUGUGGCAGACGGCACUUGAGUCCCAUCUGUUUCCUCACCCGUAUAUUGUGGGCCUCGAAAUCCCCAGACUGGGUGGUGACUCGUGUGCGUAUUUUUGGUUGGACGUGAAUCGCACGAGUGCCAACGUGGGUGGCCCUUCGGCGAUUCGUUUCACACCUUGUAACCUGGACACUUAUAACAACUUAUAACAAUUGCAUUUUAAAUUUCAAAAUAAGUUUGUUAAAUGUUUUAAGUUGUCUCCCUGUUUUUAAUCGAGUGAUGUGGGCAGUGCUCGUUUGGCUGUCCUGAGUGAGUGGUGGAAAUUCCACAUUCCUGUAAGUCGCUCCAUUUUCCUUUUUAAAAGCAAGUGCAUACUUUGCAGGAAAUGCUGAUGCUUCUGUUUGUACUCUGAAGUAAUGAAAGAGCAUGUAGCUAAUGCGUUGGUAGUGGCCAUAUGGGUUGGUGUGACUAGUUAAUGCGGUAGACGCAGACAAGACCGCUGUCAUUUGUCUUUUUUGCAGAUUACUAAAGUUUGUUGCUGGUUUUGUAUCUCGGAUAUGUCGAAUCUCCUGGUCUAGAAACCCCAACACGUAUUUCUGCAAGUGUUAGGGGGUACGAAUGUGAUUUCACGCGCCUUCUACCUCCACUCUUUGGAUAGUUGGGCCUCGUAGGAAAAUAAAACAUUUGAUGUAAAA